UCGGAGACGAAUUUAUACAGCAUCCGGAAUACACUCCAACAGGGCAGAUAAAACGAAAUAUUAUGUCCAAAAGAUUUAGACGAUGCAUUUAUUCUACAGAUACGUCUAGAGCAAUUAUUUGUUCUACCGAGAAAACCGUCUUUAUAGAUUUACAAGGAUUUAAAAUACAAAACAAUUUAUUUGUAUUAAAAGAAUUUGCUAUCUGUGAUAUGACAGAUAAUCUUGUGGCAAAUUAUGUUUUUCUACCACCAUUCCACGAAAGUCAAUUAUCACGAAAAGACGAAAUAGGAGUAAGAUGGUUAACAGAUAAUCAUCAUGGCCUGGAAUGGAACGACGGAUUCGUUAAUUAUAAGUUAAGAUAUAAGAUUUUUGAGCAGCAUUUGAUAUGCUCAAGUAGUGUUUUAAAUAUUUACAUGAAGGGAACUGAAAAAAUUCAAUGGCUGUACGAUUUUCUGUCAAAGAAACAUAGCAGACUCUUAUUGGAAAAACGAAUAAAAAUAUUGAACAUGGAAGAUAAAAUUCAAUAUCUGAUUUCCACGAAAUUGGACAAUAAUGAAUACCCUAAGUGUUUUCUACACAGGAACAAGAAAUUCUGUGCUCUCAAAAUCGUACAAAUAUUAAAAAAGAAAUUAAUAGAUUAUCAAGAAGAAAAUACAACAAAGAAAUAAAUACAAGAAUAAUCUCCGUUGAAAAAAAGGAAGUAAUUUUAUAAAAUUAUAUAUUUCUAAAAGGAAGGAAAAGAAAAAUAUAUGCGUGUUAUAAAACAAAUAAAAUACAAAGAUAUUUAAAAUGAGUAUAUGUGAAAAUAAACAACCCCCAAGAUUGUUAAAAAAAAUCGGAAGGAACAAAGGAGACAGAGACAAUAAUUAGUCAGAAUGUGAAAAUUAAAAAAAAAAAUACAUAUACAUAUUAAGAUGAAUGUGUGUUGAUAUUGUCUCAAAAAUUAAAGCUAACCGUAUUUACAACUUUUUCAAAGCAACUUUAUAAUUAGUGAAAUUAAGGAAUGCGUUAUUUUAUGUAUAAAUGAUGAACACCGAUGAUUUUUUUCAUUGGGGUAAAAAGGGUAAAAAAUUACAAUCUCUAUUCUGAAGUUGAUUUUUCAAUUGUUUCCGA